GUGUAUAAUUUUCCUAACAUGCACUGUUCAACAUCUUUGAGUGGUUUUUGAUAAUGUUAUACAAUAACAAAAGUGUUACUUAAAUCAAAUUUCGCUUAAUGGUAUACUUGAUCAUUCAAUCUUGAUUGUUGUUUUUUAGAUAGACGCGCUUUAAUGAUUAGGAAAUACCGGUACUUAUAAAGUAUGUAUCGUAACUUCUUUUUAAAAAAAAUAAAUAUAAACUCUAAUGUUAUACAUCAUUGACUCAUCGCUUUAAGAAAAACCAAGCGUCUGACCCAUUUGAUCAAAUCUUUUUUUUUUAUUCAUUGAUUGAAAAAACAACAAACAAACGACGAAAGAAAAAAACUAGAGUGAAAAUUAUGAAGAAAUAUGCUAAAUUGGAUACAUCAAGUUGUACGGUGAUUUUCGUAUUAGUUUGGAGUUUCGUUUUUCUUGUAACUCGUGGAUUUAAUAUAGAUAUAGAAGAUGCCGUGACAUUAAAUGGACUGUCGGAUCCUGGAAGUUAUUUCGGAUACUCCGUCGGGAUAAGCCACAGUGACGAACAUAAAUGGAUUCUAGUUGGAGCCCCAAGAAGCAAUGAUUCGUCAUUGCCGGAUGUGCCAAAGCCCGGUGCUGUGUUUGCCUGCACAUUUCCUGACCAAGGCGACUCCACAUGCAAUAAAUUGGAUAUUGAUGAAACACCAGGUUUGGACACAGUGAGAUUCGAGGACAGUCCCGUAUACCUCAAACAUGGCCGGAACCACUCAUGGCUCGGAGGAUCCCUCGAGGUUAUGACAUCCGGCUCUUCAAAAGUGUUUGCAACUUGUGCGUUCAGAUGGUACAACACUUAUUAUGAGCAAGUGAGAGCACAAGUUUACAAUCAAGGACUUUGCUAUGAAGUUCCUCUAGAUCUAAACAUGGCUAAUGUUAAAAAGAUACCGGCUCUUACAAAGGACUCGUUAAGGACCAUAGAGUUGUCGGGGUCCAAUAAAAGUGUGUGGUUAUACGGACAGGGUCAGCUUGGAAUGUCUAUCCACUACACAAAGCACACGAAUCAUUUGUUGCUAGGGGCUCCUGGAAUCAUGGACUGGUUAGGGGGUUUUGUUGCCCUGGAAGGAGACAGUGCAAAAGUGAUGCAAAAUUUUGUAAACUCGACAAACAUCAUCCGACCAUACAUUGGUUAUUCGUCUUCAAGUGGAAGGUAUUUUUCCGAUGGACUGACUUACUUUGCAUUUGGAGCACCUAGGGCAAGCAUGUCCGGCCUGGUAUUGUUCUUCAGAUCAAACGAAGCACAACAUUCGUUGCAAAGCGCUUCAAAGAUAUUACAAGGCAGCGUUAACGGAAAGAUUUUACCAGCGAAUUCCUAUUUUGGAGCGACCUUGUGUACAAUGGAUGUCAACGGUGAUGGCAUGGACGAUUUGCUUGUUGCAGCCCCAAUGUACAGUACCUUUGAAAACAAUGUUUUCUCAACGGAGAACUUGGAAAUCGGACUUGUAUCAGUCUAUCUGGGAUCAAUGAUGAUUAUGGACUUCAAAGCAUCGCCGCAGAUGUUGACAGGAACCGAGGUUCAUGAGAGGUUUGGAAGUGCCAUUGCUGACCUUGGAGACAUUAAUUCAGAUUCCUUCAAAGAUGUUGCAAUAGGAGCUCCAUAUGCAGACGGCUUAAGAGGUGCAAUAUACAUCUACAAUGGAUACACUGGUGGCGUAUGGCCUAAAUAUUCUCAGCGAAUAAUGGCUUCUGAAAUUGAUACGGGGCUGAGAGGGUUUGGAAUUUCAAUUUCACAAGGAAGAGACAUGAAUUUUGAUGAAAUAAAUGAUAUAGUAAUAGGCUCCUACUUGUCAGACCAAGCUGUCGUUUUGUACGGAAAAUCAGUGAUACAUGCACAUAGUGACUUCAGCGUUGUUGACAGCAGAGGCUCUCUAACAAAUGUUGUCGAAGUAAACGGUGACAGGAGGGAAUCCGUCUUGGUUUGUUUCCAUUACUCUGAUCGGCGAUGCAGUUAUCUUAUGUUAAACUUGACAAUAACCUUGGAUAUAAAAAACGGGGAUCAAGCAAGGAUUGUAUUUGAGACAAAUAACCAACCAACCUUGUCUCACAGUUUAAAAAUAUUAAAUGAUGCUUACAAGUGUACACCGCCCGCUGUUAUAAAAACAAAAUCCACGCACGAUCUUGUCAGUCUUUUAGAACUUCAGACCGAUUAUUCAGUAGAUGAGAUUCUAUGUCCUGGUCUCACCGUCAAAGCAGCAAUCAGUCAUUUUGAUGGAGCUCACCCUGGUGAUCCUUUAUUACAACUGAAGAAAGAGCUUCAGUUCAAGAACGAAUGUCCUAACAACUAUUGUAAAACAAAUCUAAGACUUGGAGCCAACGCCAAAUAUAUAAAUGUUGAUGGUUACUUUGUCAUCGGCAAUCAAGACCUCGUUGUCGAUGUUAAUAUCUCAAAAGAAGGUGACGCAUCAUACGGGUCUGUGUUUUAUAUGGUAUAUCCAAGAUACGUUGGUUAUAAGAAUGUAGAAAAACUGCGUGGAGAGACCGAUAUAUCUUGCUCAAUAGUUGACAGCCGAGCUAAUGACACAAGUGUAACUCUAGCCAAGGACGAAGCGGCUGUAUCAUGUUUGUUUGGAAAUCCGAUGUCAAAUGAUACCGAAGUUCAAUUCAGGUUGUUCAUGAUCGUUCCCGUAACAGUUGCUAAUGAUGAUAAGUCAAUGAUGCUGAAUAUGCAUGUGUCUACUCUAAGUGAGGAAACAGACCCUAGCAACAACAAUCAAACAAUUACUAUCAAUCUCAGGCAUAAUCUGGAAGCAGCUUUAACAGCAAUAUCAGCACAAGAAACGAUAUACAUAGGAAAGAGUAAAACGUUGCCUAAUAUGCAAAAUAUAUAUGAGCUGUAUAAUAAGGGACCGAGUAGUCUACAGUCAGCUAGGAUAUCUAUAUCAUUCCCACAAAUUCAGAAUCCUGAGAAAGCAAUCUUAUAUCUUAACAAAACACAG